AUGUCUACCAUCGGUCGUACAGUUAAGAAUUUUUUAAAGGUUGGGCCUUCUAGUUACUUUAAGCAAAUGAACACCAUUGGUGAUACCAAAUGGGGCCGACUUGUUGGCGUUGAUGCUAACGGAAACAAGUUCUUUGAAAAUAACGAUGAAGUAUCUGGCCGUGAACGUUGGGUUGAGUAUGCCAGUCAAAGCUGGCCUGAUCCAGGAGAUAUCGCACCCGAUUGGCACAUGUGGCUUCAACGUAUUGUUCAAGAACCACCCACCGAAAUGAACCUCAAAACCGAAAAAUGGUAUGGUGAACCUAUUCCCAACUUUUCUGGUACAAGCAAAGGAUUCAGAACUUACAACACUACAGCUCCCAAAUUAUAUUCUUGGGAACCCGUUGUUAAGGCUAGAGAAUAA